AUGAUCGCAUCCACGAAGAUACUGGAGCUCUUCUUCGAACUCCCCGACGCUGGCGCAAAGUUGUUUACCGAGACAACCAAAAUCCAUCAUAUCUUCCUCGGCGAACUCCCCGAUUCCAACUUCGAGCUUGCUCCUCCCCCUUCUGCCGGUCGCAUAUACCCGCUAUUCUCCUCUCUACCCACGGAGCUCCGAUUACAGAUUUGGAAGUAUUGCUGUUUCCUGCCUCACGAUAUCAGUAUAUACCGACACUUCAUAAAGGACGGCAAAUGGCCUCGUGAGCCCGGAAAGCCACAAUAUGCGAAACCAUGGAGACACAAGUUUCUCGGCCUCAAGACAGUCUCAAGUAACCCCGGGAUCCUCACAAGUAGCCGGGAGAGCAGAGAGGUAGCAACGAAGAUUUAUCAGCCGCUGUUGGAAAAAUCGGCCUGGCAACCUUUUGUGCGGUAUUUCAAUCCUGCGGUCGACACGGUUGUGGUGGAUUUUGGGCGUGAGAUAAUGGGCGAUGAAAAUGACGGCCAAAGCAUGACUUUUGAUUUGGUAGCAAAGCUUGCUUGUGGUGCCGCCGCUAAGAUUCAAAAGCUGGAAUUGAUGUUCACGGUAUGGGUGCAUAUCUGGGGGAAGUGCCAGAUGCCAGCAGCUUCUAGGGACGAAACCAGUUGUUUCAAUGUGAAUGGAUUCACGUUGAAUUACCUGGGAGGGAAUGAUUGGGCCCUCUUCGGUGGAUUGAGAUGGUUAUCGAUCUCAUAUCCUUCGUUCACUACUGGGAUGCUUAUCAAUGAGAAGGAGGAGACGGAGGAGAUUAAGGAGCAUUUGGUGAGACAGUUUAAGCAGUUGAAGAGGAAAGAUCCGAGCCUCUUUCGGCCUUGUAUUAAGGUUGAAGAUAUCACUGAUUAUGUUGCUAUGGAUUUGGGAGACACUGUCCAAAAACAAGAUGAUAUUGAGAGAAUUGCUGAGCCUGAAGAACUCGAAGAACUCGAAGAACUCGAAGAAUCUGAGUGGUCUGGUGACAGCGAGGACGAGUGA